UGGUUGCCAUGGAACCGCGUGGGCACGCAGCUGCUGCCGACGCCUGUGAGUCGCCGUCCCCAAAGGCUACGGAGAGGGAUCCAACUCAGGUCCUUGUGCUUGCCAGGCAGGUGGCAGAAUCACUGAGCUGACUUGUGUCACCCAGGAUGGAGGAAGAUGCUGACCUGUUCCCCUACAAGGACGUGGUAGAGGAUGAAACAGAUGAGUUAGAGGAUCCAGAGUUUGAGGUGAAAUGUCCUCUGGGAGCAGACAACGAGAAUGCUGCUGCCCCCAGGCGACCCUGUCCUGGGGAGGAAGGAGGCACCGAGGCCGUGAAGAUGAGGAUGACCUCGGCCACAGACAGAGUGCAGGCGUCGCAGCUGCGAGGGAGCCCGGACCUCCCAGACCAGGCGCCCGAAGAGAAGGCGCUGUUCCUCCAGAAGACCUGGAACGCCAUGUGGCACCUUGAGAUCGAGAAAGGGCAGCUGGAGGACAGCCGGAAGUCCAGCUGCCAGAGGAUGGAGGCCAGGGACCAGCGCCUCUGGGCGCAUGCGGCCCAGCAGCUCCACAGGGAGGAGGAGGCCUCAGGGAAGGCAGAGAGGAACUGGCAGCUGCGGGUCCGGGGAGAGGCUGGCGCAGGAGCCACCGACCCCUGCCUGUGUCACUGCAGGAAGCCCUUGCACACACAGAGGGAGCUGGGGCUCCAGCACCAGAAGCUGGUGGAAGACGCCCAGAGGAACCACCAGGUGGCGGUGAAGUUCCUGAAGGCCUCCCUGGGCCGAAUGCGGGAGCGGGAGCGGGAGGAGGAGCUGCAGUCCCGCGAGCACCUGCAGCAACGCAUGGAAGCCGUGCUGGCGCUGAAGAACAGCAUCACCGCCAACCGGGAGACGCUGCGGAAGCUUCAAGCCUGGGGCCGGGCAAGGAUGCAGCAGGCGGAGCAGCAGGCCCAGGCGGAGCAGCAGGGGGUCCGGGCCCAGGGCAGGGACGUCUUCAAGCACCUCUCCCACCGGUGCCGCCGCCGCCAGGAGCUGGAGGCGCAGAGGCGGGCCUUCAAGGAGGAGCAGAAGCUGCGGAAGCAGGAGAUUGUCAGCCGGAUCCUGAAGGAGGAGGCCGUGGAAGAAAACCGCAGGAAGAGGCAGCAGCCCCCCACCAAGGCCACCACUCUUCAGACCCUGAGGGGCCGGGCCCGGAGCCACACCUCUGCCUUCUGUGAAGGGAAGGCGCCCCCCACGGCCACCAGGCACUCGCAGCCCAGCGAGGCAGCAGUGCAGCCCAUGUCCCUGCUGAUGCUGAAAGCCUCUAGUGAAUCCAUGCAGACCGUCCCCGGGGCCACCAGCCUGGAGGAGGAGAUGCUGUCUGAGCCAGAGAUUCUCGGGCUGUGGAACGAGGACCAUAGGAGGUACCAGGUGCCCCAGGAGGACGUGGACCGCAAGCCUGUGGGCGGGACGAAGAUGGACAAGGACAUCCUGGCCCGCACGCUGCAGCAGCUGCGCAGCGGGGUGGUCCACAAACAGGUGGCGUCCGGCCGGGAAUUCAAGGGCCGCCCCUUUAACAGCAAGCCCGAGUGCAUCCACUUCAAGGACUUUGAUGUCGGCAAAGUGUACAAGAAGAAGAUCACGCUGGUCAGCACGACCUACACACUCAACUACUGCAAGCUGGUGGGCGUGGAGCAGAGCCUCCAGGACUUCAUCCGCGUGGACUUCGACCCUCCUGGGCCCUUGUCCGCUGGGAUGUCCUGUGAGGCUCUCGUCACCUUCAAGCCCGCGAUAAACCAAGAUCUGGAAGGAAACGUCUCCUUUUUGGCUCAGACGGGUGGAUUUUCUGUCCCACUGAAAUGUUCAACAAAGAAAUGUUCUCUGUCCCUGGACAAGGAGCUCAUCUGCUUCGGCACUCACGUGGUGGGACAGACCACGUCCCGGACCAUCACGCUGACCAACACUGGGGCGCUGGGCACCAGGUUCCGGUUUCUCCCGGCCCCCAAGGCCUGCGAGCUGGAGGAGUCCCAGUCUGUCCUGAAGCUGAGCAGCCCGCACACCUGCGAGGACAGGAGUCUCUAUGAGAGGGCGGCGCCCGACGUGUCCGAGACUCCGCUGGAGGCUGGCACGUCCUCCCUGCCAGACACCCAGAGCCAGAAGGACUCGGAGAAGUCUGAGGAACCAGAGGGUGCACCUGCAGCCGGUGGCACGGUGACCAGCCCCAGUGAGGCCCAGGCGGAGAUCACACUGGGAGAGGUGACCGAGGGCGAGAUCAGGCCCUUCGGCUCGGUCAGAGCCCCCAUCAUCUUCACACCGGCCGUGCCGGGAGAGGUGCACACCCGGUUCCAGGUGGUGUUCAAGAACCUGCAGUGCCCCACGCUGUAUUUCAGAGCUACGGGUGUGGUGGUAGACGUGCCGCUGUGGGUGCCCAAGCCAAUCGUGGACCUCAAGAUCUGCAUGUACGACCGGCUGUACCAGGACUCCGUGCUCAUGCACACACGGUCGAAGGUGGCCCUGCGCCUGCGGUUCGAGGUGUGCAAGGAGCUGAGAGGCCACCUGGAGCUGCUGCCCGAGUCAGGCUGCAUCCAGCCCCUGGCGUCCUGCUCCGUGCAGCUCAAGUUCCUGCCCCGACAGUCACUCCCAGAAGACGCCGGGAAUUAUUUUGACAAGGACACCCGCGUGCUGAAGGCCCCGAUGACAAUUUGGGUGGCUGACCAGACCAAGCCGGUGGGUUUCACGGUCCACGCCAUCGUCACCACGUCGGACCUGGAGCUCCGCCCCUCCACGCUGGACUUUGGCUACUGCACCAUCUAUGAGGCCAUCAGGGCCAGCAUCAGCCUCUGCAACCACUCGCUGCUGCCCCAGGAGUUUGGGUUCGUGGGGCUCCCCAAGUUUGUAGACAUCCAGCCCAACGACGGCUUCGGGACGAUCCUGCCGCUAGAGACGCUGCAGCUUGAUGUGCUCUUCCAGCCCACCAAGGCCAGGGAGUACAGCUUCGAGCUGGUCUGCAGGUCUGAGAUAAACCGGUGCUUCAAGCUGUCCUGCCAUGCUGUGGGUGUCCACCCGCCCCUGGAGCUGUCCCACUACCAGAUCAAGUUUGCGGCCACUGCUCUGUGUGACACCUCGGUGGCCUUGCUGUAUGUCGCCAACUCCCACCUGACCACGAGCUCACUGGCCCAUGCUGUCGGCCGGGGGGACCUCUGCCCAGGGGGGCCAACGUCUUUCGAGUUCCUGCCGCCUGAGGACGCGCCCAUCACCAUCUCCCCCUUGGUGGGAACCGUGCUGCCUGGAAAGAGGUGCCUGGUCCGGGUGGCCUUCCAACCCACACUGCCCUGCAAGCUCGGCACCCAGGAAGCUCUCCAGACCCUGAGCCAGGAAACCAAGGCCAAGCCGCUCCAGAAGGAUGCGGCUGCCCAGCAGAAGGACGUGAGGGCACAGGACUGGCUGGGCCAGGCCCCCGCUCUACAGAAGCAGGAGCUGGAGGCCAGAGCCGAAGAGUACCAGGCCGCCCAGGCCGCGCUGGCCAGAACAUUCCGGGGGCGGUUUGACAAAUUCGUGGUCCCCUGCGUUGUUGCCAGCGGUGACGUCAAAGACAGGAGGGGCCUGGAACCCCUGAGCUUCAGCCCCCCCCACACGCUGUACCUGGAGCUGUGGUGCCCGGCAGUGGCUCCAGCUGUCGUGCUGACCUCAGACGGAGGCAAGACCCUCAUCGACUUCGGCCACAUCGCUGUCGGGCAGCGCGGCAUCAAGAAGGUCUCCCUCCAGAACAUCGGCCGCGAGGACCUGGCCGUGGACUUCUCCCUGCUGGACCCCAGAGGCCCCUUCUUCCUGGUGAACACCCCCAGCAAGCUGCGUGCCGGCGAGACCCGGGUCCUGGCGCUGUCCUUCUCGCCCCACGCAAGUGUCCAGGCUCAGGAAAGGCUGGAGGUCAUCACCAAGAGAGGCGCGCUCCCCCUCACCCUGCUGGGCACCGGCAUGGCCCCCGUGAUCACGUGCUCCCUUGACGGUGACGUCCUCGACAUGGGCUACGUGCUCGCCAGAGAGUCCGUCUCCAUGGGCUUCAAGCUGCAGAACGACUCCUCAUUGCCCAUCAAGUUCUCCGUGCGGCUGAGCAGCCUCUCAGGCUCCGGGGCCUCUGCCCAGCAGGAGCUGCCACAGUUCCUCACUGCUCGGCCCCAGAGGACGGACAUCGUGGGCACACAGAACCACAGUGGCCAGAGUGUGUUCAGUGUGGUCCCGGUCACCGGCAUCAUGGACCCUGGGAGGGUGCAGGACUUCACCGUGACCUUCAGCCCCGACCACGAGAGCCUGUACUUCUCUGACGAGCUCCAGGUGGUGCUCUUCGAGAAGAAAGUCUCUCACCAGAUCCGGCUGAAGGGGGCCGCCCGCGAACACAUGAUGUUCGUGGAGGGCGGGGACCCCCUGGACGUGCCCGUGGAGUCACUGGCAGUGAUCCAAGCCUCUGACACUGAGCACAGACAGGAGGCUGAGGAGCUGAAGCCCAUCCUGCUGACCCUGAACUACAUCCAGCUGGACACAGACCAGCCAGCAUGCCCUGCCACCAGGGAGCUGCAGGUGGGCUGCAUCCGGACCACACAGCCGUCUCUAAAGAAGGUGGUGGAAUUCAGCCUGGAUGGCAUCACGUGGCUGCAGCACAAAGGCUUCUCCAUUGAGCCCUCCAGGGGCUCUGUGGACCGAGGCCAGACCAAAACCAUCAGUGUCUCCUGGGUGCCACCUGCCGACUUUGACCCAGACCAGCCGCUCAUGGUGUCCACCCUGCUGCAGCUCAGGGGGGACGUGAAGGAGAACUACAAAGUCAUCUUUGUGGCCCAUGUGGUGACAGGCCUCUAGGACCACAGAAGCCUCUCCCACACCCGAGGCCCUCCCCGCACAGUGGAAGCCCACCCCACCCAGGCCAGCCCAAGGGGACAGGACCCU